CAGUUGCACGACUUCACACCACGUCGACAGUGGCGUUUGCUGAGAGCACCAUCAAUAACAUAAACAACAGCAAUAAAAGAAAGCAACCUACCGACCGGCCGCCCGAUGCCUUUGCCGACGCAUGGCAAUAUUGAUUUUUCCACCUCUUCCAGUCGUUUUUCAUACGCUUAUAUGCUGCGCCGUCUCUCAGUCUGUGGGGUGGUUCGUCGUUGUGUGGAAGUCUUUGAGUUUUGGUUGUCGGGCCAGUGCGUUUGCGUUAAUGAUUUGUGAAAAAUGCUAAAACAAUAGUGAAAUGAAAUUGUGCGCAGUUGAAACUUUUCAAGUAAGAUUUUUAAAGAAACGUGCGAUAAACCUCUGUUUACUACGCCUGUCUGCCUUCGUUACCAAAAAACAAAUAAAACCAACAGCGCGCGUAUAUCUAUGUCUUCAUCUAACUAACUCUUCCUUGGUGUUUCAGGUGAAAUAACUCUUAUCUCCUGUGAGCACUGCAUGUGCUGAAAUGCUACUUCUAUUGUAGUUGCUUUGUGAAACGCUGUAAACUUGACCAAAGAUUGGGCCUGGAGCCCAACAUAUUAAACAUAACUUUAAAUAUCUUCAAAAGUAGACGAAUAGUAUAAGGAAAAUAUGAAUGUGACAACAGUUUCCACUGGCACUAGCACUGGUACCAUUCACGCAACACAACAAACGACCAAAACAUACAAAAUUGAGAUGUUGGAUGAUGGCCAGCUGAGCAUGGCCUCAGAUGAUGACGACGAUGACUUAAUUAACAGUGACGACAGUCUUUAUGAUGACGCCGACUUGGCGCAUAUAACAGUGCAGGAUGAUGUGGCAAAUCAAUUGGCAGCAGCCGGUCCAGUAGGUGUGGCAGCGGCAGCGGCGAUUGCAUCAUCGAAGAAGCGAAAACGUGCACAUUCGUUUGAAACGAAUCCGUCGGUGCGCAAAAGACAGCAAAAUCGUUUGUUGCGAAAACUCCGCGGCAUCAUCUACGAGUUUACUGGUCGCGUGGGCAAGCAAGCUGUGGUGCUGGUGGCCACACCUGGGAAACCAAAUACCAGCUACAAAGUGUUUGGCGCAAAACCACUAGAGGAUGUGGUGCGAAAUCUCAAGAACAUUGUUAUGGACGAAUUAGAGAAUGCUUUGGCCCAACAGGCUCCACCGCCACCACAAGAGGACCCAUCACUUUUCGAGUUACCCCCUUUGAUUAUCGAUGGCAUACCGACUCCCGUGGAGAAAAUGACACAGGCACAGCUGCGCGCUUUUAUUCCCUUAAUGUUGAAGUAUUCGACAGGUCGUGGCAAGCCUGGCUGGGGACGUGAGUCGACCCGUCCUCCGUGGUGGCCAAAGGAAUUGCCUUGGGCAAAUGUACGCAUGGAUGCACGCUCGGAAGAUGACAAGCAGAAGGUGAGAAUCAGCUGGACGCAUGCACUACGAAAAAUCGUCAUCAAUUGCUACAAAUACCAUGGCCGAGAGGAUUUGCUACCCACAUUUGCCGAUGAUGACGAUAAGAUUGAAAUGUUGGAAGGCGAAGAGGACGAUGAAAUGGAUGAGCAUGAACCCUCGACGACAACAACAACUGUACAAACGGUAGCUAAUGCUGCAACGAAUACAACAAAUGUGAGUAUGGUACUUUGGUAAUAAACACAUACAUUAGAGAAUUCCGAUAUUUAUUUAAAGACGCUUCUCAAUCGAAAUUUUUCGACAACAAAAACUAUUACAAUAUUUUUACU